UCAUUGGAGAGCUGUUCGAAGUCGUACGGUGCUGAACAGAUAUCGCUCGUCGUCUUUCUCCUUCGCUCAGUCUCGCUGGCCAGACUGCUGGUUCGGGAAGGUUGGCUUCCCAUCAGCUCUUCAUUGGGGAGACAAUACACGCACGCGCACGAGGACCCCAGACGAUGCACACCUUGCCUUCAACAAAUGUAGGCGAGAUUCCCGAUCCGUACGGUCCUGAAAAAUGGUGAUGUUACAUGGAUUCCUCCUGACGUCACUGAAGUCCUUGCAAGAAUAGUUCCAUCAUGGCCACCUCCUAUCAUCAGUCUAGAAAAGAUACCAUCUGCAGAUGGUAUAAUUGUUGAAGACUCCCUAUGAACAUAAAAAUCCAAAUCAUGUAGUGCAGAUUUUAGCAAAUUGAAGGGUCUUUUCAAGAUUUUUGUUUUGUUUUAAUCUCUCAGUCUUUUGCUUGUGGAAAGACGUUUUUUUUUUUUUUUUUGUCAAUCAGAGUGUGGACAGUGAGCGAGGUGAGAAGAAAGUGACCGUUACUUUGUUAUAUUAAGAAAGACAGAGAUGGUCCUCCACAUCACCCCUUACUCCAGUUCCUGUCUUCACUUCCUGGAUGGCUUGUCAUGGAGCCUGGUGUUUCCCUGUUACUGGCUCCUGGAUCAGCUCCUGGCCUCCUGCCUGGCCACUUCACUCGAGAAGCGCCAGCGUUCUCAGGAUCCGUGUUCCCUCCUCACUUUGUGUGUCCUAAUAAUGGUGCCUCUUUACUUGCUCCUUCUCCUCGCCUCUCUGCCUUUUGCCCUUCUGGGCUUUGUCAUCUGGGCUCCUCUGCAGGCCAUCCGUCAACCCUAUCUGUACACCUACCACAGACUCGAAAAGCGCCAAGCUGAACAAGGUGAUGCUACGUCAGGGUUUGUUGGGAUCAGGGACUGGAGACCUCAGGGCAAGAGCUUCUGUUUCUGCAGUGCCAACGUUUGCCUGCUGCCGGACUCUCUGGCCAGGUUCAAUAACCUUUCAGACACACAGAGGAGAGCACGUGAAGUUGGUAAGAGGAUCAGGAAUGGUGCCUGUCGGCCUCAGAUCAAAAUCUACAUCGACUCGCCAACCAACACGUCCAUCAGCGCGGCCUCCUUCAGCAGUCUAGCCACAGGGUUUCGUCGUACUUCUUCCUUGGACCAGCGGCCAGAUCAGACACACAUUAUGAAUGGCCCAGCAGACACUGAAAAUGAACCACUUGCCGAGUGUCCCAUUCACCCUGCCGGUGCUACAGACUGCCCGCUUCAUCCUGCAGGAAUUCACGGAACCUCAGACUGUCCCCUUCACUCAGAUGCAGGAAGCACAACCGUGGACUGCCCCCUUCACUCUGUGGAGAAUAACAACAGCUCGGACUGCCCUAUACACACCUUGGCAGAGGCUCCAGAAUGUCCAAUGCACUUUUCCUGUCAUAGUGGCCUCGGUAAUCAUGACUGCUCCAUGCAUGGGAAGGAGACGCAAGCUAAUGAUGACUGCCCCAUGCAUGGAAAGGAGACGCAAGCUAAUCAUGACUGCCAAAUGCAUGGAAAGGAGACACAGGCUAAUCAUGACUGGCCUAUGCAUGGAAAGGAGACGCAAGCUACUCACGACUGCCAAAUGCAUGGAAAGGAGACACAGGCUAAUCAUGACUGCCCCAUGCAUGGAAAGGAGACACAAGCUAAUCAUGACUGCCAAAUGCAUGGAAAGGAGACACAGGCUAAUCAUGACUGCCCCAUGCAUGGAAAGGAGACACAAGCUAAUCAUGACUGCCAAAUGCAUGGAAAGGAGAUGCAAGCUAAUCAUGACUGUCAAAUGCAUGGAAAAGACCAACAAGCUAAUUAUGACUGCGCCCUACAUGGAAAGGAGACACAAGCUAAUCAUGACUGCCCCAUGCAUGGAAAGGAGACGCAAGCUAAUCAUGACUGCCCCAUGCAUAGAAAGGAGACACAGGCUAAGGCCUCCGCAGAGUGUCCACUUCACACCUCAAGUGUUCAAAUCAGCAUCAGUGCCCCUGAGCCAGACCCCCACGAGAAAGAGGCAGGAACAGGGAACCAUCAGUCAGGGGAGCUGGCAGGAGGUGAUGUGGGCAGCAUGACCGCCUCAAGAGAAUCUCUUGCCCGGUACCACGGAAGCGAUGGCUACGGAGUGAUAUCCUCGAACAACACCCUCUCGCACGUGCCUCGCACCUCAAUAUUCAAACGCCCUGGUAGAAAGCGCCGCCAUGGAGAUGAGACUUUCGACCAUGACAUUUCUGCAUUUUUCCCUGCCAACUUGGAUUUCCUUGCCCUACAAGAAGUGUUUGACCAUAGUUCAACAACACGACUGCGGCAGCAGUUACAUCGCUAUUUUCCCUAUGUGUUGAGUGAUGUUGGGCGAUACGGGUGGAAGGGCUGCUGUUCCAGGUUCAAAUUCCUAAACAGCGGCCUGCUGCUAGCUAGUCGCUACCCAAUCCUGGAUGCACGUUAUGAGUGCUACCCCAAUGGAAGAGGAGAGGAUGCACUGGCAGCCAAAGGAGCACUCUUUGCCAAGGUUCAUGUGGGCACUUCCCAUCAGGAGCAAAGGGUUGUGGGAUAUCUCACAUGCACUCACCUCCACGCCAUCGAAGGUGAUGCCUCUGUGCGAUGUGAACAGUUGGACUUGUUGCUCCAGUGGGGGGCAGAGUUCCGCCAGGCUUCAUCACAUCAUUCUGAAGGGGAAAAAGUUCUUGAAGACCUUGUAGCCUUUGAUGUCAUUCUGGGUGACCUCAACUUUGACAAUUGCUCUUCAGAGGACAAGUUGGAACAACAACAUGCACUUUUUUCUAUCUACAAGGACCCGUGUCGCCAGGGGCCAGGAGAGGACAAACCAUGGGCUUUGGGUACAUUGCUGGAUCCCAGUGGCCUUUAUGAUGAUGAGGUCGGUUCACCAGAGAGUUUACAAAAAGUGAUGGAGAACGAGGAGGGCAGAAAGGAGUACCUGGUGUUUCCUCCCAGUAAAAGCCAUUGUCCCUCCAGCAGCCAGAAGGGAAGGAACAUUCCACUUAAAGGCAAUGGACGCCGGAUUGACUACAUCCUUUACAGUGACGAGGGCCUGCAACAGGACUGGAAACUGGAAAUAGAGGAGUUCAGCUUUGUAACACAAUUGGCUGGCCUCACUGAUCAUCUGCCCGUCGCCAUGCGAUUGGCAGUCUCCACAGGAGAGGACGACUCCUAGAAUGACCACCUGUAUUUGUCAGAAAUACUACCAUUGAAGCGCGAUGGACAACAAAGAUGAACAAAUUGUGUUUUUAUGGAUAAAGAACAUCUUGAGAAGGAAGGUUUUGAGUGGCCAAAAUGGAAUAUAAUCCCAUGGAUAGGGGAUAUAAAAUACAAAA